CUUGUGAGCUUUUGCUCGCUGACUUGCUGGUCCAGGCCAGUGUUUGGAUCGCGGUCUUGUUGUCGUCUUGUCGGGGUGCUCGCCUCAAAUCACGGCGAGCGAGGCUGCAAACACUCGCUCCUUCCAACCUCGGAUGUACGGGACCUGACAAAGGAGGGGGCCGGUGGAGGACCUGGAGGUCCAGGCUCUAAGUACGAGCAGGCUGGAGGCCCGGACGCCUCCCGGCGGUUGUGAGCCAGAAACGGGCCGCGACAGCCGGGCCGUCGGGCAGCUAGCUGGCCGGCUAAAUCGCGUCUUCUGCAGACGUCUCCUGCCGAAAGCCCCCGGGGACCGACGGCGUGUGCUUCUCUCUCCGUCUUUGCAACGUUUGCACGGCGAACGUCGGGCUUGUGGUGGCCCGCGGACGUCCGGCCGUGACCGUCCUCCCCCUCAUCCUCACCGUCAUCCUCCGUCGCCAUGGCAGCGCUCAUCAAAGAGAUCGUCAGCAGAAAAAAAAGACGGUUCCAGGAGGACGGCUUCGACCUGGACCUCACUUACAUCUACCCCAACAUCAUCGCCAUGGGCUUCCCCGCCGAGCGUCUGGAAGGCGUCUACAGGAACAACAUUGACGACGUCGUGCGGUUUUUAGACGCAAAGCACAAGAGUCACUACAAGAUCUACAACUUGUGUGCGGAGCGACAUUACGACACGUCCAAGUUCAACUGUCAAGUGGCCGAGUACCCGUUCGAGGACCACAACCCGCCGCAGCUGGAGCUGAUCAAGCCCUUCUGCGAGGACCUGGACGCGUGGCUGAGCCGUGAUGAGCAGCACGUGGCCGCCAUCCACUGCAAGGCCGGGAAAGGCCGCACGGGCGUCAUGAUCUGUGCCUACCUGCUGCACCGCGGGAAGUUCCGCGAGGCUCGUGAGGCCCUCGACUUUUACGGCGAAGUUCGCACGCGGGACAAGAAGGGCGUGACCAUCCCCAGCCAGCGUCGUUACGUGUGCUACUACAACACGCUACUGAGGAGCAGACUCCACUACUCGCCUGUGGCUUUGCUCUUCCACAAGAUGCUCUUUGAAACCAUUCCCAUGUUCACGGGGGGGACCUGCAAUCCCCUGUUUGUCAUCUACCAGCUGAAGGUGAAGAUCCACACGUCCAACCCGGCGUUCACGCGCCGCGAAGACAAGCUGAUGCUCUUCGAGUUCCCGCAGCCGCUUCCCGUGUGCGGCGACAUCAAGGUGGAGUUCUUCCAUAAGCAGAACAAGAUGAUGAAGGACAAGAUGUUCCACUUUUGGGUCAACACCUUUUUCAUUCCCUGGCCUGAUGAGGACCCGCAAAGGCUGGAGAAUGGCCAAAGCGGAACCUUGCGGGACGCCGGAUCGGACAGGACUCAGCAGAACCAGGAAUGCGGCGGCAACGAUGACGACGACUUCCUGGUUCUGACUUUAAUGAAGAACGACCUGGACAAGGCCAACAAGGACAUAGCCAACAGAAACUUCUCGCCCAACUUUAAGGUGAAACUGUUCUUCACCAAGACGGCGGACGAAGGCGGCGGCAGCGACCGCGAGGCAAACAGCGCGUCGGUGACGCCGGACGUCAGCGACAACGAACCUGAUCACUACCGCUACUCGGACACCACCGACUCGGACCCUGAGAAUGAGCCCUCUGACGACGACCGUGACCAGAUCACCAAGGUGUGAGCCGCCCGUCGGGCCAUCGGCCGCUGAAGCUCCAGGACCGCCGCAACCUCCGGACGCCACCCCUCGCCCCGGUCAACGGCGGCAUUGUUGGGCGGCGGUCCAGUUAUCGUGCCGUAUAAGGUCACGGAGAGAAAAGCCUUCUCGGUGACUGUCAACAAAUCAUUCCUUCCACUUCCUGGCUUUGCCACAGAGACCUUCAGCGCAUUUGUUUGGACACUUGGAGUGGAGUUGCCAGAAGCGGUGCCCAUUCGGGGCUCCAAAAGUCGAGACGCAACUUCCAAGUCGGGGGAGUGGAAAAAAAGAUCCCAGCUUCAGUCCGGAAAACGUGUUCGAAUGGAACGUCUUCGUUUUCUGUUUGUGUCUUUGUUUUCCAAAGGCAUCAAACACUGUCCAGUGAAUAAAGAAAAUAUUUAUGAAA